UAUACAAAUUAAAUUUGCAGACGUUAUACCAAUUGUGUUUUAAUCUGAAUUUAGGAGAAUGUGGCAUCUAUGCAAUGAUGUUGAUGUUGGGAUGUACAGAGAGGAACUAACUGAAUUACUCAAAUUGGCAUGGCCAAUGAGUUUGCAAUAUUUAACUACAAUGCUUCCAGACCUUGUCAGUCAGGGUUUUUGCGGGCACAUAGGAAAAGAAGAAGGAGAUGGAGUUGCAAUAUCCCUUAAUGAGAAUGUGGCACCUAUGUAAUGAUGUUGAUGUUGAUAUGUACAAAAAGGAACUAACUGAAUUACUCAAAUUGGCAUGGCCAAUGAGUUUGCAAUAUUUAACUACAAUGCUUCCAGACCUUGUCAGUCAGGGUUUUUGCGGGCACAUAGGAAAAGAAGAAGGAGAUGGAGUUGCAAUAUCCCUUAAUGAGAAUGUGGCAUCUAUGCAAUGAUGUUGAUGUUGGGAUGUACAGAGAGGAACUAACUGAAUUACUCAAAUUGGCAUGGCCAAUGAGUUUGCAAUAUUUAACUACAAUGCUUCCAGACCUUGUCAGUCAGGGUUUUUGCGGGCACAUAGGAAAAGAAGAAGGAGAUGGAGUUGCAAUAUCCCUUAAUAUUGUGUCUGCUCUUGGCUUUGCUGUGCUUGCAGGACUGUCUUCAGCAGCUGAUACUUUAUUCUCACAGAUUCAAGGGAGUGGUAACAGGGAAGAAUUAGGUGUUGUCCUACAAAGAGGUACAUUGAUUAUGCUUCUAUGCUGUUUCCCAUGUUGUGCGAUACUCUUGAAUGCUGGUUUAAUUUGUCGAGUAGUUGGACAAGAUGAAGAAGUUGCAAGGGUUGCAGGAGAAUAUGCGACUAUAUUAAUGACAGGUUUACCAGGAUAUGGACUGAUACUACUCCUGUCCAAAUUUAUCCAAGUACAGUCAGUUGUGCUUCCAAGUCUUAUAAUAGGGAUAAUUAUAAAUAUAGAAAACGUAGCUCUGCAUGCUCUAUUUAUUUACGAUUUGGAACUCGGAAUCAGAGGAGCCGCUAUUGCUGUUGUCCUAAGCCUGUGGACUUCGGUCAUUCUGCAUGUAUUGUUUAUAGCUUGCACGGGCUAUAAGAAAGACACUUGGAAAGGCUGGAACAAAUUGUGUUUAAACGAAUGGAGUACUUUUCUAAAGCUAGCUGUUCCAGGAAUAUUCAUGAUGUGUCUGGAAAUUUGGACCUCCGAAGUGACCACAUUUUUUACUGGACUAACAAGUAAAACAGAAUUCGCUGCAUAUGCUAGCUUGUUUAUCGUUGGAUUGAUGAUUACAGGUGUCGUCUUUGGCAUGUCUGUUGCAGUGAGCAUGCGCAUGGGUAUUCAUUUGGGAGCUGGAAAUACAGAUCAAGCUAAUGUAUCUACAAGGGUUACAAUCGGCUUUGGAACUUGUGUUGCUGUCGUUAUUGCUGUUCUUUUAGUUUCUCUUAAAGAUGUCAUACCUCAUUUUUUCUCAAAUAAUGAGGCGGUUGUAUCCAUGGCGACAUCCUUAACACCUCUGUUGGCAAUAUUCAAAUUUUUCGAAAUUUAUCAGAUUAUGUGCACAGGAAUACUGCGCGGGAUUGGUUUCCAGACAUUUGGGGCUGUCGUGAAUUUUAUUGGCAAUUUUCUCAUAGGGUUUCCAGUUGCCUUAUCCUUGAUGUUCGCAUCCCCUUUACGUGUAGCAGGUGCUUGGUGGGGUGCAAUCGCUGGUGCUGUAGUACUCUGUGUGGCCUUUACUAUCAAAAUCAACACUGUCGACUGGAAACAGGAGUCUAUAAAGGCUAGAAAAAGAGUUGGUAUAAAAAUGGAAGACAAUACAUGGAUAGUCAAUGACGAAGCAGAAAGUAUGCAAUUGGGUGACCAAACUCGGGAGAUUAAGGAUUACAGAUCAUUUGAUACCUCUGUCGAAAGCGGAAUAGUCUCCUCAAACACACCACCAAGUUCAGCUACCAACAACUUUGAGGUCUAUAGUAAAGUGGUCACACUAGUUAUUGCCAGCUUGAUAUUUGCAGGUGGUUUAUCUCUUCGAUUGUAUGUAAAUGGUUGAAGUGUAAUAAAUUAAUAAAGUAU